AUGAAGUACUUUGAUUGGCGCAUUUGGGCUUCAUUGGUGCCUAUUGUUGGAGGAAUACUCUUGACAUCGGUGACAGAGCUCAGUUUCAAUGCUUUCGGAUUUUCUGCUGCCCUGCUUGGCUGCUUGGCAACUUCCACAAAGACUAUCCUUGCAGAGUCCUUACUGCAUGGGUACAAAUUUGACAGCAUAAACACGGUGUACUACAUGGCUCCUUUGGCUACCAUGAUACUUGGUGUGCCAGCAAUGCUACUAGAAGGCAAUGGGGUUCUGGAAUGGUUUCAUAUGCACGAGACUAUCUACUCUUCCCUUUUUAUCAUACUCCUAUCUGGUGUACUUGCCUUCUGCCUCAACUUUUCGAUCUUCUACGUGAUUCAUUCAACAACAGCUGUCACCUUCAAUGUUGCCGGGAACCUCAAGGUUGCAGUUGCCGUGCUGAUUUCAUGGCUGAUAUUCAGGAACCCAAUCUCAGCGAUGAAUGCUGUGGGAUGUGCUAUCACGCUCGGUGGAUGUAGUUUCUAUGGAUAUGUAAGCCAUUUGUUGUCACAACAGCCAGCCCCUCAAGGAACUCUGUGGACGCCCAAGACUGCAAGAAGCCGAAUGGAGUUACUGCCUCUUGUAAAUGAUAAAUUAGAUGAUAAGUUGAGGCAACAUAGGGAGGAGUAA